AUGUCGGGGACAAGCACACCGUCGCUUGAAGCAAAGGAGGCAUUUGUCUCAAUUGUCCAGGAGCCGACCCAGAAAAUCAACGGAUCAAGUGGAGUGUUAGCCGCUGGCGGCUCAGUAGAGCUAUAUGCUCCAAUCCCGGAGUAUGAAGGCAGACAUCGAUAUGAUCCAACGGCGGAAUGGACAGAGAAGGAAGAAAAACUGGACUACAGAAUUUGUUCCUGGGUUUGCCUGAUGUUUUUUGCCCUUCAGCUGGAUCGUGGCAAUAUCUCACAAGCACUAUCUGACGGUAUGCUGGAUGACCUCGGACUGUCGACGAACCAGUACAAUUACGGCAUGACGAUAUUCUAUCUUUGUUUCCUGUGUGCAGAAGUACCCUCACAAAUGAUCUCAAAGAAACUCGGCCCGGACAGAUGGAUCCCCAUCCAAAUGGUUCUUUGGAGUGUCAUCGGUAUUUGCCAAGGUGCAGUUACCGGCGAGAAGAGUUUCUACGCUACCCGAGCGCUUUUGGGCCUGGUAGAAGGUGGCUUCAUUCCUGAUGCCCUCCUCUACUUGUCGUACUGGUACACUAAUGCCGAGCUGCCGAUGCGGGUCGCCUUCUUCUACUGCGCAUCGAACGGUACUGCUAUUGUUGCUGCGUUUUUGGCCUUUGGAAUCCUCCACAUGCGCACAGUGGGCGGCUGGGCUGGCUGGAGGUGGUUGUUUGUCCUCGAGGGCGCUUUGACGUGCAUCAUUGGCAUCAUUUCUUGGUUUUAUCUUCCCCCGAGUCCCACUGAAACCAAGAGCUGGUUUAGAGGUAAGGAUGGCUGGUUCACAGAAAGGGAAGAGAUCAUUAUGGUUAAUCGAGUACUGCGUGAUGAUCCGGCAAAGGUAUGCGAAGAUCGGAUUGAAACCACCGGUACACAUACUGACUAUUCUAAGGGCGGCAUGCACAAUCGCCAAGGUCUUACAUUGAAACUUCUCUGGGACGCUCUCAUGGACUAUGAUCUUUGGCCGAUGUAUCUGAUCAGUUUCACAAUGCUUAUUCCGCCCAAUCCCCCAACGGCCUAUUUGACCCUCUUCUUGAAGUCGCUUGGCUUUGAUACAUUCGAGGUGAAUCUCCUGACCAUUCCUGGAUAUGUGCUGUUUUUGAUCCAGCUGGUCUUUUGGUCUUGGAUGUCCGAAAAGAUCAACAACCGCAUGGCUAUUGUUCUUUUCUACUCCUUGUGGUGUUUCCCUAUUUUGCUGGCACUGGAGCUACUGCCUUCCAGUGCAAGUGCAUGGAGUUGGUACGCACUUACUGUGCUGAUAAUUGGUUUCCCUUACAUCCAUUCUAUCAACGUUAGUUUGAUAUCUCGCAAUGCAGGUUCAGUGCGCACGCGAACUGUGGGAAGUGCAGUAUACAAUAUGAUUUGUCAAGCAGGAUCGAUAAUUGCCUCCAACAUCUAUCGAACUGAUGAUAAGCCUUACUACCGGAGGGGAAAUAAGAUCCUACUCGCACUUGUGGCAUGGAAUGUUGUUAUGACCAUCUUCAUUAAAUGCUACUAUAUCCGGCGAAACAGAAUCCGUGCGGCAGCAUGGGACAUCAUGAGUCCUGAGCAGAAAGAUCAUUACUUGGCAACUACCAAAGACGAGGGAAACAAGAGAUUAGACUUCCGUUUUGCUCAUUAG